AUGGAGGCGCGUGGCAUUUUUCAAAUUAUUCUGCUUCUGCUGCUGGGAAAAAGAUCAUGGGCAGAAAUUCGUUACUCUAUUCCUGAGGAAGUAAAGGAUGGAACUGUUGUUGGAAAUAUCGCAAAGGAUCUGGGCCUUGACGUCAGCUCUCUGGUCGAUCGACGGUUUCGAGUGGUGUCAGAGUCAAAGGAGGCCCUUUUUGAGGUAAACCAGCACAAUGGGGUGUUGUACGUGCACAAGAGAAUAGACAGAGAUGAAUCAUGUCAGGGCAGCGGCGCCUGCCUCUUUGAGCUCAAAAUCAUCGUGGAAAACCCUUUGGAAAUACAUUACGUCAUUAUAGAAAUUACUGAUGUGAACGACCACUCUCCUAGUUUCUUUGAAAAAGAACAAACAUUUGAAAUAGCGGAGCACACGCUGCCUGGUAAGCGUUUUAAGCUGCAUGCAGCACAUGAUCCUGACACAGGGAUGAACACUAUCCGAGCCUACACUUUGACAGCUAAUGAACAUUUUGAAGUUGAUAUUCGCCAGAGCGAUGAGGAUAAGAUUCCUUUUUUGGUGCUGAAGAAAUCUUUGGACCGGGAAUUAAAGGCAAAACACUCACUGCUUGUCACAGCGGUGGAUGGAGGGAAACCUCCAAGAUCAGGCACACUUAAUGUGACAAUUGUUGUCCUUGACAGCAAUGACAAUCGUCCCAUGUUUAGUCAGGAUACCUAUCAAAUUACAAUAUCAGAAAAUAUUCCGAUUGGUACUUCAAUAUUUAAAAUGAAUGGUUUAGAUCCAGAUGAAGGUAUUAAUGGGGUAAUUGAGUAUAGUCUUGCGAAGGCACUGAACAGAAAUAUGUAUAGCGUUUUUGAAAUAGAGAAAUUGACAGGGGUGAUUAGAGUAAAAGGGAAAGUUGACUAUGAAGAAAAUGAUAUUUAUAAGUUAGACAUUGAGGCAGCAGACAGGGGAACACCUCCUCUGACAGGUGAGUGCAGAGUCAUUAUUAAGAUAAGAGACAUAAAUGAUAAUCUUCCAGAAAUAGUAGUGACAUCACUGUCAAAUACAGUGCCUGAAGACUCCAAGCCCGGGACAGUUAUUUCUCUCAUUAGCGUGAAGGAUAAAGACUCAGGUCAUAAUAGCAAAAUCAUUUCCACCAUAACAAAUGAUGUUCCUUUUGAAUUAAAGCCAUCCUAUAAAGAAAACAUAUUUUCAGUGGUGACGAAAGGAUAUUUGGACAGAGAGGAGGUGCCUCAUUAUGAAAUCACAAUAAAAGCCACUGAUUGCGGUGAGCCCCCUUUAUCAACUGUGGUAUCCCUCCAUAUUCAGAUUGCAGAUGUAAACGAUAACAGUCCACACUUUGAAAAGAACCCCCUUGAGUUUUAUCUAACAGAAAACAAUGCAGCUGGAAAUUCCAUUUUCUUUGUAAGUGCAACAGACAAAGAUAUAAACGACAAUGCGGCUAUUUCAUAUAAUAUUGUUAGAGAGGGACAACAAAAUGACAUCAUGUCUUUUCUGAAUAUAAAUUCAGAGAAUGGUCAAAUAUCAGCACUAAGAAGUUUUGACUUUGAGAUGCUGAAAAGUUUCCAUUUCCAAGUGGUGGCCUCAGAUGGUGGAAGCCCUCCACUGAGCAGCAACGUGACAGUGAAGGUGUUCAUUCUGGAUGAAAACGACAACGCUCCAGUCAUCCUGUAUCCGGUCAGCUCCAACGGUUCUGCUGAGGGUGUAGAGGAAAUUCCUCGCAAUAUGAAAGCUGGAGACAUGGUGACUAAAGUUAGAGCUUAUGAUGCUGAUAUAGGAUAUAACGGCUGGUUACUCUUUUCAUUUGGUCAAGUCACCGACCACAGUCUCUUUUCGUUGGACCGCUACACGGGCCAGAUCAGAACACUUCGCUCAUUGACGGAGACAGACGAGGCUGAGCAUCGGUUGCUCAUAGUGGUCAAAGACAACGGCAACGUUUCACUCUCAGCAACAGCUACUGUGAUAGUAAAACUUGUGGAGCCCAAAGAGGCUUUUGCAGCUUCGGAUGUCAAACGUGCAGCAAAAGUAGACCAGGAGGAGGACAAUGUGACAUUUUAUCUCAUCAUCACUUUGGGCUCAGUCUCACUCCUUUUUGUCAUCAGCAUCAUUGUGCUAAUCGCCAUGCAGUGCUCCAAGUCGACGCAAUAUACUUCCAAGUAUCUCCAAGACACAAAUUAUGAUGGCACACUGUGUCACAGCAUCCAGUACAGAUCAGGAGACAAACGCUACAUGUUAGUUGGACCCAGAAUGAGUAUCGGUUCUACCAUAGUCCCUGGAAGCCAUGCCAACACUCUGGUGCUCCCUGACAGGAGACAUACUUCUGGGGAGGUAAGACAAAAACAUAUUAAUUCAUGUAUAUACAAAACCAGAGUAUACUCAUAG